UUUGCCUGUUAUCGCCUUGAGAGAAUGUUAUUGUUGGACUCUGGCGAUUCUCCGGCUCCAGCUUGAGAUAAACAAAACCCUAAACCUCAAAUUAAACUCAUACGAUGCUGGGUUUCACCUCCAAUCUUCUCAAACCUCGCAGACCUUUGAGUUUCUUUCACGACUUGACUUCCAAAAUGCUAAUGUCUCAGUCCACCUCUAUCCCCAAAAAGCAGGAAAGGGUACGCGAUCACGGUUUCGACAACUACAUGGAGAUCGAGAAGAAGAACCGCAAAGUCCUCAAAUUCCAAUCCCUAAUCAUCUCCCAGCCGAGCCAAACGCUGCCCACCUCUCGUUUCGACUCCCUCGCCCGUCGCCUUGGCCUCGGCUUCAAAGAAAACGAAGCCGCCGCUUAUCUCCUCAAAUUCCCUCACGUUUUCGAAAUCUACGAGCACCCUGUUCUUCGAAUCCUCUUUUGCAGGCUAACCCGGAAGGCGCUUCUCCAAAUGGAGCAGGAAAAAGAAGCCCUCAAUGCCCAGAUACCCGAUGCCGUCACCCGGUUAAGGAAGUUGCUUAUGAUGUCCAAUACGGGUCGUUUAAGGCUGGAACAUAUUCGGAUUGCCAGGAAAGAAUUUGGGUUGCCUGAUGAUUUUGAGUUCUCGGUAAUUCUCAAAUACCCUGAAUUUUUUAGAUUGUUUGAUGCUCGCGAGACUAGGAAUAAAUACAUUGAGAUUGUUGAAAGAGAUCCUAAGUUAGCUGUUUGUGCUAUAGAGAACGUUAGAGAGAGAGAGUACAGAGAAAAGGGUCUUGAUGCUGAGGAUACUAGGUUCUCGUUUAUUGUGAAUUUUCCACCUGGGUUUAAGAUUGGUAAGUAUUAUAGGAUUGCGGUUUGGAAGUGGCAACGAGUUCCGUAUUGGUCACCUUACGAGGAUGUUUCCGGUUAUGAUUUGAGGUCGUUGGAAGCUCAGAAGAGAAUGGAAAAGAGGGCAGUUGCAACUAUUCAUGAGUUGCUCUCAUUGACCGUGGAGAAGAAGAUUUCUUUGGAGAGGAUUGCGCAUUUUAGGAUGGCAAUGAAUUUGCCUAAGAAGUUGAAGGAUUUUCUGCUACAGCAUCAGGGGAUAUUUUAUGUUUCGACAAGGGGGAACUAUGGGAAGCUUCAUACAGUAUUUCUUAGGGAGGCUUAUAGGAAAGGGGAGUUAAUUGAGCCAAAUGAUUUGUAUUUUGCGAGAAGGAAGUUGGGUGAGUUAAUUUUGCUUAGCUCUAGAAAGGCAAAGGUGGAUAAGGAUCUGGUUAGCUAUAGGAGGGAUAGGGAAGUUGAUGACAUUGUGUGUGUUAGACCUGACUAUAUGGAAAACAACUACGAAGAUUUCAGGGACGAGGAUGAAAUUGAGCAUGAAGAGAAAGGAAAAGAUGGUUUCAUUUCAGAUAUACUUUCUGAUAACAUAGAUGAGAAUGAAGUUAUGGAUGAAAAGGAGGAUACCGUUUAAGAGAAUAAAAAAACCCGACUUUUGUCGUUUAAUGUCAUUUUUUAAUUUUGUAAUAUUGAACUUAUAAUCAGCCAGACAUUACAAUGGACAACCAGCUUAUGCAUUCGAUGAGCAUUAACAUCCAUAGGACAUUUUGGAUUAAGGAUUGCCUUGUCAGAUAUGGAGAAUGUAGAUGGAUUUCUAAGUUGUUGGCGGAAGAAGCACUGGCUUCUAUUGUGUGAUUAAUGAUAAUUUGGGGCUUUGAUGAAUCAAUCACAGUGUGGGAGAAUACAAAGGUAGUUAUGAACUAUUGAAGCUGAAGCAUCUGUACUGCAACAAUUCUUCUUGCUUGGAUUAGUCACCAAAGGAAGAAGUUGACAAAAACUUUCAGCAGGUAAAUGGAAAUAAGGAAAUCCCUGAGGUUUCUAGUGAUAUCGUGAAAGUGGCACGAUCCUAGUAUUUUUUGCCCUCCCCUCCAUCUGCAGUUUGGUGUUCUGUUUUCAAAUUUAUAUAUAGAGGAUCUUUAUUUCUGUUUGGAUGAAAGAGACAACAAGGAAAAUAUUGGGUGGGUUGGGCACAAACAGAUGGGUGUUCUGUGACUCAGGGUAAAGCAGGUCUUAGGUUGGAAAUAAGUUAUCCUGUUCCUUGAAAAAGUGUGUAGGCCUUAUAUAAGUUUAUUUACAUUUUAGGCCUAGAGUUUCCUUUGCAGGG